AUGGCGGCCUCUCACGCGCCGCCGGCCUCCGUCGCCGCCGCGACGGACGGGGGCAUCGAGGAAAACGCGAUGGCAAUCCUGGAUUCCUCCGGCAUCAAGGACUCCCGCGACCUCCACGACGACCGAGUCGCCUUCUUGGAGGCCGUGCGCUCCGCCUGCCUCGCCGCCGACAACCCAUCGGCCCCAUCGUGGAGAAUGUACAAUGGUGUUUUCCAGAUUCUUCGAAACAGUAGCUCUCUGGAGCUUGCUGUGGCAAGUUUCCAUCUCUUAACAGAAUUGGGCAAGCAAUAUCCAAGAACAUAUGUGACAGAUUCUAGUGGACACCAAUCUUUGAUGGUAGUUAAAGAGUGCUGGUUACCUUUUCUCCUUGGCAAUGGUGCUGUUAGUAGUGAGAUUGGGGGAAACGUGAGGAGCUCAGAUCACCUAUUUGAUCCUUCAAGAUUCUCGUUGCUGAUUGAGGCUAUUGUGGAACCAACAAAUGCCACGGAUGAUGAUAAUGGAAUUAAGGCUAUCAAGAAUAUGAUGCUGUUCCAGUAUCUUGUCAACACACUUGAAGCAGAUUUUGUGCCUCGCCAUAUUGCAUACAAAGAGUCACUAGACUGGGUGAUUUUCAGAGAGUCUCUCUUAAAUAUGCUUCUGGGAUCACGAAAGCUCAUGUUCAAAUCUUUCGUGAAGAACUGCAUGUUUAUUCUACUCAACCAGUAUCACCCUGAAGCUAAAGAUGAAGUUGAAGACAUCGUACCUUCUGAAAGAAAAGCUAAAUCAGCAUCUGAUCACGAUUUCUCCCUAAACUAUUCAUCCUUUGAGUCAGAAAGGACACUCGUAUCUCUCAGGAAAUUAUUUGUGAUGGUUAUGAAACUUGACUUGAUCAGGAAAGAAGCAGACACAUUAGGGCUAACUUCAAGAGCUGACGGGUUCAGAAACCCUAUCAUGGAAAUUAUUUUGGAUGAGCUAACCUACAACAGCAGUUAUUUAUCCCCAUUUCUCUUGGCCUUUGUGGAAGGGAAGUGGAAAUUGGAGAUUAUUCUGCAGUACUUUUCAAAAUAUUGUGGCAAGGGCCCAGUCCGUACUCGAAGGAGGUCUGAUAAUUCACAAGAAGAUUUGAAACUGGAAAGUGUUCUGAGUUUCUUUUUGACAGCCACAAGCGCAAAUGCUAUUGUCAAAAAGAUGGGUGCCGAAAUUGCUCAGCUUCUCUUAACACAUGCUUACCAGGUGUGCCUUUCUGUUCAAGAUGUCACUAGCAAUUCUACUGCUACCUCCGAAAAAAUUGGAGCUACUCUCCAAGAGAUAUCUUCCAACUUCAUAUCUGCUUUUCAAAAUAUCAGAAAAGCUAGCCCGAAUAUCCGGAUAUCACCAUUCGAGAAAGAAGCUCUGUUUACUGCUGCAACGUUGAUUAGAAAAUUGAAGAGCGAAGAAAGAUAG